GCUGCUCUUUUUCCACCCCCGCCCCCCAGCUCCGAUCAGCUGGUUUGGGGGGGGGACGACAGACGAAUUUCCUGGAGUAUCAACAGAGCGGCCGCCAUCGUCAUUCCGCGGCUGCAGCGAGCGGAGAGCCGCGAGGCCGAGCCCUCGGCGGACCGGAGGGAAGACUACUGCCUCGGAGAACGCGCCGGCCUUGGCGAACGCCGCGAGCGGGAAACUGCUCAGGUGAACGAGCGGGCGGGGAUCCGUGGGCGGAGGGCAAGGAAAUGACUUGCUCUCUCCAGACCAGACGCUCUCUCCAGACGUUUUGAAGGUCCACAGGAGCAGGCAUGGAUCAAGAUCUUUCCAAACACCUCGUGGAUACCUGCAAGGAAUUGCCUGCCAAUUGCGGUUGCAUCGCGUAUCACCUUCACUAGAUGUUUGAAGGAUGUGCAUGCCUUCUUCGUUUUCUAAGCGUCUUCAGCGUAAUAAAUACUGAUCCCACGGAGAUUCGUCUACAGUGCUCCAGAAAACGUGAAGCUCCCUCCAGGCGAUGGGAUGGCGGCUGAGCUGAAGGAACAGAGAUGUGUGAAGGUAGAGCCCGAAACAACGGCAGUGCUGGUGGGCGGCUCGGAAGAGAUGGUCUCCCGCAGCUGCAAGCGGGAGAGGGAGAACGGGGGCCGAGACUUGCUGGAGAAGCGAGAGAGAGCCGUCUCCGGGAAAAGCCGAGAAGGAGCUGCACUGCCACGCAAGGAGCAGGGUUUCGGGAAUCUUGAGCAAAUAGUGAUCCAGCAGCUGAUCCACAUUGGAGGAGGCGGGAGGAGGCGCAGCAAGCCGGGGGAGAACUUCCGCCGGCCUUCGAUUGUCCGCCUGGGAGAGAAGCCGUACCUGUGCAUCAUCUGCGAGAAAACCUUCCGCAACCACUCGGGCCUCAUGGUGCACCAGCGGAUCCACACCGGGGAGAAGCCCUACAAAUGCCCCGACUGCGAGAAGAGCUUCAAUCAGCGCUCGCACCUGACCUCCCACCGCGGCACCCACAUGGGAGAAAAGCCCUUCAAGUGCUUCGACUGCGGGAAGAGCUUCAGCUACAACUCGGGCCUGGUGAUCCACCAGCGCAUCCACACGGGGGAGAAGCCGUACCAGUGCCCCGGGUGCGAGAAGAGCUUCAGCCAGAAAUCCCACCUGCUGUCGCACCAGAGGACCCACGUCGGGGAGAAGUCCUUCAAGUGCCUCGACUGCGGGAAGAGCUUCAGCUACAACUCGGGCCUCGUCAUCCACCAGCGCAUCCACACCGGGGAGAAGCCUUACAAGUGCUCGGACUGCGGGAAAAGCUUCAACCAGCGGUCGCACCUCAUUUCGCACCGAGGCGUCCAUACGGGACGCAAGCCGUACUUGUGCCGGGAUUGCGGGAAGAGCUUCAGCUUCAACUCGGGCCUCGUCAUACACCAGCGGCUGCACACGGGGGAGAAGCCUUACAAGUGCUCCGACUGCGGGAAGAGUUUCAAUCAGAAAUCGCACCUUAUUUCACACCAGAGAGUCCAUGCCGGCUCCCUUGGUUCUUGUUCGUACCGCGCAUGCUCAGAGGGGGAAGCGGCUCCCGCUGGACCCAGAAGGAUGGAGAUGGCGUCCUUAACUCCCGGAGGAAAGGGAGCAACUGCAGCCGUCUUGAAAGUGAUGUUUGAAGACGUGGCUGUAUAUUUCUCCCUGGCCGAGUGGGCGGAGCUAGCUAAAUGGCAGAAGGACCUCUACCGGGCCGUGAUGGUGGACAACUAUGAAGCGGUCACCUCUCUGGGGCACCUGUCCAUCAAACCGGAGCUCAUCUGCAAAAUAGAGCGCAAAGAGGAACCCUGGAUGGAGGAAUCCCUGGAGCCCCUCAAAUGGAAGAGACCCUGGUUGGUCCUCAGGAUGAGUAACAACAUGAAGCAGAAUUCUCAUCAGGAAGUUCCCAGGCUGACAAUACUGCAGAAUCCAGAGCCGGGAGAGACUUUCGAGACCUGCUUGCCUCGUAGAUCGGCGAGGCGAAUAAAUCUGGAGAGAUUCACUGAGUGCUGCCAAGGUUUUAAGACUUGGAAAGGACCCAGAGUCCAUCGGGACCAAGGUGGAAGUGGGAACGCACACGCCGCCUGCGGGCAGAACAGCCGGAAGCAUCUGAGACGCAAGGCAGACGAGAGCCAGAGCCUUUUGAAGUGCCCCGAUUGCGGGAAAGGACUCUCCAAUCAAAACGCCUUCAAAAGGCACCAGAAAUUCCACACGGGUGAGAAGCCCUACCAAUGUCUAGAGUGUGGGAAAAGCUUCAUGGAGAGCAGCCACCUCACUCAGCACCAGAGGAUCCACACAGGGGAGAAACCCUACACAUGUUUGGACUGCGGGAAAAGGUUCACUCAGAUCUCGCACUUCAUUCACCACCGGAGGAGCCACACGGGAGAGAAGCCCUACGGCUGCCCCGAGUGCGGGAAAAGCUUCAACUUCAAGUCGGCUCUGAUUCGCCAUCACCGGAUUCACACGGGAGAGAAGCCGUACGAGUGCCCCGUGUGCAGGAAAAGGUUCAACGUCAGCUCCCACCUGGCUAGGCACCAUAGGAAGCACCUCGGCUUCAGAGGAAACCCGGCCUUUCUCAGGCCCUGCAGAGCACCACGGCCGUACGACUGCAUGAACUGCGAGAAAUGUUUUUUCCGGAGCGGAGACCUUGUGAGACACCAGAGGAUCCACACGGGAGAGAGACCCUAUCUGUGUAGCAAAUGCGGGAAGAGCUUCAGCUACAAAUCCAGCCACCUGAGGCACGAGGCAGGACACAUACGAGGAGUUGCCCUGAAGUGCUAGAUUUCCUGAAGUCGAGAGGAGCUCUCCUCCAGCUUUGGUGAUGGGAUUCCCAAGAAUGCAGCGUGCAGAGACUUUCCUGCAUACUAAUAACAAGCAAAGCAGCAAAGGAAUUCUGCAAUUUCAACAUUCUGCAAUCAGAAUAAAUUCUGCAACCAAAAAAUGUAGAGUCUUUUUCCAAAGUGCACUUAAUGUGCACACCUUGUUCUUUCUGCACAUGUUUGUUAUUGAGAAUUUUUGUAGAGAAUUUGCCUCUAUAUCAAACUCCUUGUUUUGCAUUGUUUUGGUAUAUUACAAAUUAAGCUUUGGCGAUGUACACAGGGUUGGAAAGGAGAUUGCAAUUCUUGUAACAGAUAUGAAGAACUCCGCCCUGCCUCCACCCGAUCCCAGCUGCAAAAAUAAAAAGAGGUGCAGUUAAGACUGCCUGCUGUUGAUUUGGAAAUGGCACACAUUUUUUGGAAAGUCACAAAGAUUCCGUGCCAUUGAGGUGUCCCUUCAACCAGGCAAAGCUAUACAGGCAGGGGGCCUUCUCAGUAGUGGUGCCCGCCCUGUGGAACGCCCUCCCAUCAGAUGUCAAGGAAAUAAACAACUAUCUUGACUUUUAGAAGACAUCUGAAGGCAGCCCUGUUUAGGGAAGUUUUUAAUGUCUGAUGUUUUACCAUGUUUUUAAUAUUCUGUUGGGAGCCGCCCAGAGUGGCUGGGGAAA